AUGAACCCUGGACAUAUGAAGAAAGAAGACCGCAUCGAACUGUUUAUUCACAUUCUUCAUAACCACGGUGGCUGUGGUAUAAAUGCCGAUAAAUUGAUGGAAAUUGCUACAGAUGUCAAAGAGAACCUACGGAACCCAGAAGAUAUCAAGAUUAUCCAUGAGGUCCUUCAGGUUCGAAAGAUGCAGGAACAGGCUGAGAGAGGUGAAAUAGAUGCCAACACCGUUACCUACGUCAACAAAGAGUAUGCGUCUAUCAACGCAGCCUCGGCAGUUAGAGGAGCUCCAGGGCGUGGAUAUCAGGGAAUGGAGCAGGGCUACGUUGCCCCCAAUAUUUCAUCCACGCCUCUCGAAUUCGAAGACGUCGACGGUUUCACCUUCAGCUCUCAAGUCCAAGAAUUUUAUGGCACAGGGACUGACAUAAGGCCCUACGAAAGCUCUAUGACAUCCCAUUUUGAUGUUAGCUUCUACGAUGCUACAAACCAAGUGUUUAUUAGACAUAAUGGGCUGCCGGGUUAUUACGACGGAUCUUUGUAA